AUGUCCGACUCACGAGCAGAGGACGACGAGACAUCCCCGUCUCCCUCCACGCCGCUGCGCCGGGAACGAGCCCCGACCAUCACCAUUGACACAUCCGCCGUGAGCACCCCGGAUGCUGCCCACCCCCCGAUCCAGAUCCUCUCGGGUCCGCCACAGGCCUCGCUCCAGACCUCCACAGACAAUGUCGAGGCCAUGGACACGAGCGCCCUGCUCAGCAACGGCAAUGUCUCCCCCACCGACAUGCGGUCCUCCGGAUCCAUCCGUUCCAGUGCCUCGUUCGAGAACCCACGUCGCGAGUCGAAGGACCGAGAUAGUCGGCCAACCUCGCCACACAAUAUCUCCUCGCCCAAGACCAAGGUCUCCGAGACACACUCCAAUUUCCUCGCCGUGCCCGGGACACGCUCUCGCGGCAAUUCAUUGGAGUCCGAGGACACCAGCCAGACAUCAAGCACGUACGGCGGAGACACCUAUGUGCAAACAGCAUCACGAUCUGAUAGCACCAAUUAUACCAAUGUCGAUGACGAGGACGCCCUCAAGCCCGAUCCGGAUCGCGAAUCCGAGUUCGACGUGGAGGAUAACAAGUUCGCUUUCUCGCCCGGCCAACUAAACAAGCUGCUGAAUCCGAAGAGUAUGGCCGCGCUAUACGCUCUCGGUGGACUGCGCGGGUUGGAAAAGGGAUUGCGGACGAAUGUGCGAAGUGGACUGAGUGUGGAUGAAACGGUAUUGGAUGGUACAGUCAACUUUGAAGAUGCGGUUUCGACCGAAGCCAUGCCCAAGUCGGCGUCACCAGUCUCGCCCCCUGAGGGCAACAGGCCAGGGACGGCAGAAACAAAUAAGGAGAAGGCGCCAGACCAGUUUUCAGAUCGGAGGCGCGUAUAUGGCAAUAACCGACUGCCAGAGAGAAAAGUGAAAACAAUCUGGGAGCUGGCAUGGAUUGCGUAUAACGAUAAGGUGCUUAUCUUGCUGACCAUCGCUGCUGUCGUUUCCCUUGCUGUGGGAAUCCCGCAGUCAAUCCAUCCGAAGAACCACGAGCCGGGUGUGGAGUGGGUGGAAGGCCUGGCCAUUAUCAUUGCUAUUGUGGUUGUGGUUGUUGUCGGUGCUGCCAACGACUGGCAAAAGGAACGACAGUUUGCCAAGCUCAACAAGAAGAAAGAGAAUCGACUGGUCAAGGUCAUGCGGUCCGGGAAGACGGAGGAAAUUUCCGUCUAUGAUAUUCUUGUCGGCGAUGUGAUGUACCUGGAACCGGGCGAUAUGUUGCCCGUGGAUGGAAUCUUGAUCGACGGUCACGAUGUCAAGUGUGAUGAGUCCUCUGCGACGGGCGAGUCAGAUCUUCUCCGCAAAACUGGUGGUGAUGAGGUCUAUAAGGCGAUCGAACACCGCGAAGACCUGAGAAAGAUGGACCCCUUUAUUGUGUCUGGCGGCAAAGUGUCCGAAGGCCUGGGAACGUUUCUGGUCACUGCCACCGGUGUUCACUCGACUCACGGCCGGACGAUGAUGUCUCUCCAGGAAGAGGGCGAAACCACCCCUUUGCAAACAAAGCUGAACGUGCUGGCCGAAUACAUUGCGAAGCUUGGUCUCGCCGCGGGUCUGCUGUUGUUCGUGGUGCUGUUCAUCAAAUUUCUCGUCCGACUCAAGUCCAUGGACGGCGGCGCCGACGUCAAAGGCCAGGCCUUCCUCCAGAUCUUCAUUGUGGCCGUCACCAUCGUCGUGGUGGCCGUACCUGAAGGCCUACCACUUGCGGUCACGCUUGCUCUCGCCUUUGCCACAACGAGAAUGAUCAAGGAUAACAACCUAGUGCGCUUCCUCAAGGCGUGCGAGACCAUGGGCAAUGCUACAACCAUAUGCUCCGACAAGACCGGAACACUCACAGAAAACAAAAUGAGCGUUGUUUCUGCGACUCUCGGCACUACCUCGAGGUUUGGGGACAAGCGACGUGGUUCAUCCGAUCAGUCGGACGAUGUCUCUGCUUCUGAGUUCGUGUCCACGCUCUCGCCGCCUGUCAAGGACCUCCUACUCAAGUCGAUCUCGCUCAACUCGACUGCCUUCGAAGGCGAGCAAGAAGGUGUAAAGACGUUCAUCGGAUCUAAAACAGAGACUGCGCUUCUUUCCUUCGCCAGAGAAUACCUAGGUAUGGGACCACCGAGCGAGGAGCGUGCAAACGCCAAGCUUGUGCAGAUGUUCCCGUUUGACUCCGGCCGCAAAUGCAUGGCCGUGGUCAUACAGAUGGAAAAUGGAAAAUACCGCAUGCUGGUGAAGGGUGCCGCAGAAAUCUUGACUUCCAACUCCACGCGCAUCUUGCGUGAUCCUACCAACGACCUGUCCGAGCUAUCGGUCGACGAUGAAACCCGGGCCACGCUGGAGAACAUUACGGAAAACUACGCGUCGCGAUCUUUGAGAUGCAUUGGCCUGGUCUACCGUGACUAUGAGCAAUGGCCGCCUCGUGGGUUCCCGACUCAGGAAAACGACCGUCAUAUGGCGGUUUUCGAACCUCUGUUCAAGGACAUGACGUUGCUCGGCAUCUUCGGCAUCCAGGACCCCGUCCGACAGGGAGUUGCCGAGGCAGUCAAUGUGUGUCAGCGCGCUGGAGUGUUUGUGCGGAUGGUGACAGGUGACAACCUCACGACGGCCAAAGCCAUUGCCCAAGAGUGUGGCAUCUACACCCCCGGUGGUAUUGCCAUUGAAGGCCCUCGGUUUCGUCGGUUGAGCCAACGUCAAAUGCACCAACUCAUUCCACGGCUGCAGGUCAUUGCGCGGUCAAGUCCAGAAGACAAAAAGAUUCUGGUCAAUCAGCUCAAGAAGUUGGGAGAGACUGUUGCUGUGACGGGAGAUGGAACCAAUGAUGCCCAGGCACUCAAAACCGCCGAUGUUGGCUUUGCCAUGGGUAUUACCGGGACUGAGGUCGCCAAGGAAGCGUCCGAUAUCAUUCUGAUGGAUGACAACUUUGCCUCGAUUGUCAAGGCCAUGGCAUGGGGUCGCACUGUCAGCGACGCUGUCAAGAAGUUCCUCCAAUUUCAAAUCACCGUCAACAUCACUGCUGUCAUCCUUACUUUCGUCUCGGCCGUGGCCAGCAGCAGCGAGGAUUCGGUUCUCAGCGCGGUUCAGCUGUUGUGGGUCAACCUCAUCAUGGACACUUUCGCGGCUUUGGCUUUGGCGACGGAUCCUCCUUUGCCAUAUGUUCUCAACCGCAGACCCGAGUCCAAGUCGAUGCCACUUAUCACUCUGACAAUGUGGAAGAUGAUCAUCGGACAGGCCAUCUAUCAGUUGGUUGUGACGUUUGUCCUCAACUUUGCUGGCCAGUCUAUCUUCCCAUGGGAUGACGGUCAUAUGCAGACGGUUGUUUUCAACACCUUUGUUUUCAUGCAGAUUUUCAACCAGUACAACAGCCGCCGCAUUGACAACCGCCUCAAUAUCUUGGAGGGUGUUCUCAAGAACAAGUGGUUCUUGGGUAUCCAAUUCAUCAUCAUUGGCGGUCAAGUGCUGAUCGCGUUUGUUGGUGGCGCGGCAUUUUCCGUAUCGCGCCUCGACAAAGGCUCCUACUGGGCUGUCAGCUUGGUUCUGGGUGCCAUUUCGGUGCCAAUUGGGAUAGUGAUCCGCCUCAUCCCCGACGAAUUCAUCAGGAAACUCAUCCCACACCUCUGGCACCGCAAACAGCGCCCCGAAGUUGUUGUUUCGGACGAAGACCGUCGCUACGAGUGGAACCCAGCCCUCGAAGAGAUCCGCGACCAAUUGACCUUCAUCAAGAGGGUUCGCGGCGGACGACUGCGACAUCUCAAACACAAGCUCCAGCAUCCGCAAGAACUGCUGUCUCGCUCGCGCAGCAAUUCCCGCUCUCGCGAAUCUUCCAUCCCACCCACCCCCAACGACGACAACGGCAGCCCAACUCCUCAGCCAGCCACACCCGAGUCUCGAACCCGCCGCAACACACGCUCCCGAUCCAACUCCACAUUCGGCCCCGCUGCCGCUAUGGCCGGUGUCAUCGCCGGCAGUAUCGCCGGCUGGUCACCCAUCGAACGCCCCCAAGACAUGUACUUCCCAUCCGGCAGUCCUCACGCGGGCCUAGCCGAGCAAGAAGGCAUCGAGAUCCACCCAGAAACUGCUGCGGACGACCGCAUUGUCAACGAGUACUCUACUCAGUCGAAAACGCCGCCCAGUCAGAACCCGGAUCUUGUGCCUUUCUUCGAACAUGCUCCUCCGGCCUCGUCAGAUCGGGCGCCCUCCAGCCGUGGCCGGAGGUCUCUGUCUCAGCGCUCGAGGUCCAGCCAGAGCCAGUCGCAGGUAUAA